GGGGCAAAGUGAAUUUAUAGUGCUGACGGUGGCCAGGGGUCUGCGAUGAGAGCCCCAGCUCUGGAGCAGAAGGGCCCGGUAAAUUACAGGUCUGUCACCUGUAAGCAGGGUUACAGAAGGAAUCUGGACAUCGGGCCUGAAAAGUUCAGUGACUUGUCCAGGGAAACCCAGUUUGUUUGUUACAGAAUCAGGAAAACAGUGCACUUCGCCCUCUCACAGCUGAACCACAGUUCUCUACUCUCCCAAGAGCAGAAAAUGAACAUACCUCAGGCAUCAGUGUCAUUCAAGGACGUGACUGUGGAGUUCACCCAGGAGGAGUGGUGGCAGAUGGACUCUGCUCAGAGGACCCUGUACAGAGAUGUGAUGUUGGAGAACUACAGCCACCUCGUCUCAGUGGGGUACUGCUUUACAAAACCAGAACUGAUUUUCAUGUUGGAACAAGGAGAAGAUCCAUGGUUAUUAGAGAAAGAAUUUGUAAACAGAAGUUCCCCAGAAGAAUCCCAACCUGAUGAACUCUUACAGGAGAGCCUAGAAAACCAAGGCAAACAUUUGAGAAUGGAGUGGAGAUUAUCACCAGCAAAACCAAAGGGGCUCAUGCACGGAAGAUGAAAGAGUACAAAGUAGAAAGAAACAGGGCCAAAGAGUGACUGUUGAAUGAAAUUUUCUUCUGCAUGUACACAGACAUUUUGCUGUGAUGAAAUAAACUUGUUCUCUGCUGGGCUUCUACAGUUUGGGUAUACUUAAUACUGAUAUUUACUCACCAACCCUCAGUUAACAAAGCCUGUGAAUGUGAUUUCUGUGGACAUGUGAACUCAGUGUAGUGUAUCAGAAAUAUCACACAGGAAAAACCCCUGACAACAUCCUGAAUGACCAUAGUUUUUACCCACAACUCUUCCUCCUUGGUCAGGUAAGUAUCAGGGGAAGAUAUUUAACAUUACAACAUAUAUAGGUAAUCCUUUACCCAAAAAAUGAUAUCUCAUUAAAUAUCUGAUAAUCGAGCUGUGAAUGUGUGAAAGCUUUCAGUGAGUCAUCAAAGUUUAAUAUCUCUCAGAGUUUGUAAUAAGGGAAAAAUUUAUCAAUUUGAGAAAGGUAAAUAAUAGCCUUUAUGUUAUAUAAAAACUAUUUUAUAUGUAAUAUUAAGACAGUUAAUGAAAUAUAACAAUAUUGGUUCAUAGAUAUUCACUAGAAUAAGAUUUUUAAAAAUAAGAAAGAAAUUGCAUAAACUGCACAGUGUUGAAUGUAUGUGAAUAUUUUCUGAGUUCUCUAUGUGUGUCUAUGUGAGUGUGCAUGCCACUUAGAUGUUUGUUUUGUAUGUACAUUGGAAGUCAACUGCACUGUAAUAGAAUUAUGUACCCCUUACUUAGUAACUAUUCUGAUAUCAGCUAUGAUUUGCCACAUGUAUAUUCAUAACAAGUAAACCUUUUACAGGAAGUAUCUGAAAA